CCCCGCCCCGGCCCCGCUCCCCGCCCGGGCGCGGCGGGGCGGAGCGGAGCUGCGGGGAGCGGAGCGGGCAGCGCGGAGCCUCCGCCGGCGCGGAGCAGCGCGGAGCGGCUGGGCAGGGCUGGGCACGGCUGGGCUCGGUGCGGCCCGGCCCGCCUGCAUGCGGCGGCGGCGGCGGCGGGGCGGCCGUGCGGGAUGAACGGCUCGGCGGCGGGCGGAGCGGGCACGGCGGCGGCGGGGCUGCUGGCGGGGGCCGGCAGCGCGGCCGCGGAGCUGGAGCGGGCGCUGCGCUGCUGCACCGCCGCCUCCGUGGUGACCGACGGCGGCGGGGAGGCGGCGGAGGAGCGGAGCCUGUACAUCAUGCGGGUGGUGCAGAUCGCCGUCAUGUGCGUCCUCGCCCUCACCGUCGUGUUCGGGAUCUUCUUCCUCGGCUGCAACCUCCUCAUCAAGUCGGAGGGGAUGAUCAACUUUCUGGUCAAGGACCGGCGGCCGUCCAAGGAGGUGGAGGCGGUGGUGGUGGGACCCUACUGACCGCCGUGGGCCCCGCAGCCGCCCGCCCCGACGGCCCGGGCCGGGGGAAGCGGAGCUGGGCCGGCCGCUCCCGGCGCUGACUGCACCGCGGCCAUUCCUCCUUCACGCAGAAUGACUGGUGCUUUGGGGGUUGUUUUGCUCCUUCAAAACAACAACAACCGAACCCCGAGAUCCCGGUGAGACGUGCGGGGGAGCCCGGCGUGUGCGGCCCCCGCAGCCGCCCCGUCCCGACCCGCGGGUGCCGAAGUAAAAACGUGCUCUAACGGCAACAGGUCUGGGGUUCCUUCUUUCGUUCGCGGUCAUCAACGCCUCUGGUCCGGGGUCCCGGUGGGUGCGGGGUCGGGGGGCUCCACCGCCGCGGGUCCACGGGGUGAAGCAAACGCCUCGUCUUUGCAGGUUUUUGCUUUGCAGCUGUGCUACAACUGGCAUUUUGGACGGCUUUUGCAGCACCCCCCGUUGCAGCAGGCGGGUGAACGCGGUGCCCUCGCCCCUGUGCGCACCGGAGCAGGGCGGGAUGUGCCCGGGGGAUAUGCGGGGACCCCCCUCCUACCCCGUGGAUUCCGGCUGUGGCCGGGAAAUAACCCUGGGCACCCCAGUUGUAUCCCCCUCUACUUGGGUUUGACUAGAAAACCACUGUACGUACUUUGUAUUAACCGAGCUGAAACCCUCACCAACAGGUGACUUCUUACGGUCACAUUUAAGGGAGGGAAAAAUUGAUGCUUGCACAGGAUCUUUUUUUCAUCUGUUUCCUUUACACGGAUAACAGAGCAUCUGUCUAUGAGAGGUUUGCAUAGCUGUUUAUCAUAUCCCCGGGGGCUUGGGCUGGUUGCUAGUGAUAAAUCAAUGUAUCCACAUUUGCUGUAGCAGGAGUGGAACCGGCAUAAACACUUGCUGGAGAGCACAGCAGUGGGAUGGGGGCAAAAAGGCUCAAGCAACCUGCCUGUGAGAAAAUACCUCUCAUGACUUCUCAAGGCUCGCAGUAAGACUGUUAAUUGUCAAUAUUUUCAAUGCUGAUAAGAGUCAGGAAGUUUUCCGGAGCAGCCGUGCAGACUGAUUGGUUUUUGCUCAGUUUAUCCCGAGCUGGUGUGAAGACGGCCAAGCCACCACAUCAUUAUAGGCGCCUUUAGGAGACAUUAGCAGAAGUUCCCACUUUGAUAGACGAGGUGAAACUCAGCGUUUACAAAAUGCACCUGAGCUAGAAGGGGAUGAAAUAAAGCUGGACUCUGAGGCAAUUGCUUGACUGCAGAUAAACUUUUGGUAGAAAAUGAGACAAAACAGAGUAUAUCUCAGUGUAGUCCAGUUCCCUCAGAUGAGCAGAAAUCUCAGCCAUGUGCUUGUUCAUUUACAGCUACAUUUAAGGGAAAGACAAAGAACAGAUCUUCCUGUUCUCUGAGAAACAAAUAUGCCAUGGACUUUGUCAUUACAUCGAAAUAAAUAUUACUGAGCCAUCUAUCAGCUGAAACAUUGGUGAGAAUUUUAUCCAAGCCUCUCCUUUCUUUACCCCUUAGUGUCGUAGAAACAUUAGCUACAGUAGAAUCUUAAAAUACCGUAAGAUGGAAAACUCCUCAUAUGGAUGUUUCAGUCAUUACGAAGCAUUUCCAACUUUUAAAUUUGCAUCACUUCAUGGUAUUGCAGACAACACAAUCGUUCCCGUAAUCUGACUUGCAAGGAGUGUGCUGCAUGUUUGAGCACUUUUUGAGAGCUAGAUUCACUAGACAUUCUUAAUUAUAGUGAACACUUAAAGUACACUAUAUUUUGAUUCACCUUUGCCAGCAGCCACAGCUUUUUCCAACACCAUAAAUCUCGGUAAAACUCCGGGUUCUGUAAUAAAAUUACAGGAUUUUCAACGGCAGCCCAAGAGCACACAUGGCC